UCUCUUCUCGUUUUUGGGCCAAACAGACUUCUUCCUUCUUCUUUACGGCGAUCAUUUGCAGAAGAAUAAUCGAAAAGAAGAAGAAGACCGGAAAAUGGUGAAGUUCUCGAAGGAGCUUGAAGCUCAACUGAUUCCGGAAUGGAAAGAGGCCUUCGUCAAUUACUGGCAACUGAAGAAGCACGUCAAGAAGAUCAAGCUCUCCAGAAAGCCCACCAAAACCCCUCAUCCGCAUGCGCUGAUCAGAUGGGGUCUCGCGUGCUCCAUUCUCCUCGACCCUGUUCGAUCGGCAGCGGAGAAAUUCGCAGACAGGUUUCGUGGCUCAGACAAUGACAAAAACAGCGUCGCUCAAGUGACGAGUGACAACGUGGAGAAUGGACAGGUUGAGGACGAAGCGUAUGAAACCGAACUCACUAAGCUAUUCAAUGAAGAACACGAGGUGAGAGCGUUCUGUGAGGCAGUGGAGGAGGAGUUGAAUAAGGUGAACCGUUUUUACGAGAGCAGGGAGAAAGAGUUUCUGGACAGGGGAGAGGAGCUCAAUAAGCAGCUACAGACCUUGCAAGAACUCAAGAGUAUACCAAGCGAGAGUCGGCGCCGGAAUUCGUUGUCGCUAAAGGCAAAUAGUAAUCGUGAGGGGAGCCUCUCGGGAUCAUGGCCUUCUUCUCACCGUGAUCAUGAUUUAUCAUCAGAGAGCUUUGGCGAACCCCUCAAUAAGAGCUCCAUGGAAGAAGCCUUAGAGGAAGGUCAUGGGGUUGCCACCCUAGAGACAAAUGGGGUGAGCUACGUGAGCUCAGUGACAAGGUCAUCAUCAAAGUCAAAGCUAAGAGGGAAGCCCAGGAUGGGCAUGGCGAAGAAGAGGAUCCCAAGCACAGCAACACCAGCAGGCGCCUUCGCGGCUCUCACGUCGAUGCUGCAGGACGACCUUGCCGACAGCAAGAGCACGGGAAAGGAUGGCGCCGGAGAUUCUGGCACCGGCAAGAAGAAGAUCCAGUGUGCUGAGAAGAUGAUCAGAGGUGCUUUUGUGGAGCUCUACAGAGGGCUUUGUCUGCUGAAAAAUUACAGCUCAUUAAACUUGAUGGCUUUCACAAAGAUCUUGAAGAAAUUCCACAAGGUUGCAGGUCCACAAGCAUCCACAAAUUAUCUAAAAGAAGUGAAGAAAUCCCACUUUGUCAGCUCAGACAAGGUUAUUAGACUAAUGGACGAGGUGGAGUCCAUGUUCACCGAGCAAUUCACCAACAAUGACAGGAAAAAGGCCAUGAAGUUCUUAAGACCACAAAAGCAGAGAGAUUCUCACAUGGUCACCUUCUUCGUCGGAUUACUCACCGGAUGUUUCGUCACCUUGUUUAGCUUAUACGCAAUACUAGCACACCUAACCGGCAUUUCCUCCUACCCUUAUUACGUGGAAAUUGUGUACCCUCUGUUCAGUGUCUUUGCAUUGUUCAGCUUGCACCUGUUCAUGUAUGGAUGCAACCUCUUCAUGUGGAAGCGGACUAGAAUCAACUACAACUUCAUAUGCGAAUUCUCGCCCACCACGGCGCUCAAGUACCGAGAUGCAUUCCUCAUCUGCAUCGCCUCCAUGAUGACUGUGGUGGGUGCGAUGGUCAUUCACCUCCUCCUGCUCACCAACGGUUUCCCAUUGAGCAGGGUCAACGCCAUUCCGGGAGUCCUCCUUCUGAUUUACAUAUUGUUGCUGGUAUGUCCGUUCUGUGUCUUCUAUCGUCCGACUCGGUACUGUUUCAUUCGGGUCAUACGUAACAUUAUCUGCUCUCCUUUUGUUAAGGUUUUGAUGGUAGACUUCUUCAUGGCUGACCAACUAACCAGUCAGAUCCCAUUACUGAGGCACAUGGAGUCGACAGCCUGCUAUUUUCUUGCUGGAAGCUUCGGAACACACCAAUACAGGACUGGUAAAUCAGGGCGAUUCUAUGGAGAACUCGCGUACGUGAUCUCAUUCUUGCCGUACUAUUGGCGUGCCAUGCAGUGCGUGAGAAGAUGGUUUGAUGAGGGCGAUGUGAACCAUCUGGCGAACAUGGGGAAGUAUGUCUCAGCGAUGGCAGCAGCCGGAGCGAGGAUCGUAUACGCCCAUCAGGAGAGGAUGCUGUGGCUGGUUGUAGUCUUGGUGACCUCAACAGCAGCUGUGUUUUAUCAGCUCUAUUGGGAUUUCAUCAAAGAUUGGGGUGUCCUCAACCGAAGAUCCAAGAACCCUUGGCUCCGAGAUGAUCUAAUCCUCAAGAACAAAUGCAUUUAUUUCAUUUCCAUCGCUUUGAACAUUGUUCUGAGGUUUGCUUGGGUAGAGACAGUUCUGCGGUUCCGAGUGGGAGUCGUCGAGUCGCGUUUGCUCGAUUUGUUCAUGGCUUCGUUGGAAGUGAUUCGUCGAGGACACUGGAACUUCUACAGAUUGGAGAAUGAACAUUUGAACAAUGUCGGGAGGUUCCGAGCAGUGAAGACGGUUCCUUUACCAUUUAGAGAGACGGACUCGGAUGACUGAGUUAAGCCUAGACUAAGGCUAAGCUGUCAUACUUCACUUCCAUUCAGAGGCAAGCCAUGAGAUGUUUUCCUGAA